UGACUACGCCGUGACGUCAUACUUCUCAAAACAAAAAGAUAAUGUCGGCCAUGGCGCUCUUCUGAACGCCCCGCCAUCACAAUUCAUCACCGAAAAAAGCUCACAGCACCAUCUUGCUUUUAAAAAGGCAGUUCAAUUUCUGAAGCUAAGUAACAAAGUGUUGUUUAAAAUUGGCAUUAUAUAUAGAUCUCUAUAAUAGACUUACUAUUUCAUGGAUAUAGGCUAUCCAAAUAUGGAUCCUGAAAUCGAGAGACCGCGUGGCUAUACCGAGACUGUCAGCGGAGACUACUCGUGGGACCAGUAUGGGCUCAGGAUCAAGUGGACGGAGCCGGAAGUCCCCGGGGAGUUUAGGAAUCCCCUGAACGAGCCUCUGAGACUAAGGGUCUGCGUGGAAACGAAGAAGGCGCUACAGGUCCCCCCUGAUGACAUCUCCGCAUGGUGCUGGACGCACAUGCGGUUUCAGGAAAAUCCGUAUGGUAUCUGGAAAGAAAUACGUCUGCAGUACAACCCAAAGUGUACCCAGUGGGAUGAUCACGGCAUCAACACAUACGUCUUUCAAACGUUUGUCACGCCAACACUUAAUGACAAUUACAGACUGACCUUCAACGUGAAACUCGGUAAAAUUAUGAUCUGGGCCAACAGUUUUCAGAUUGACAACAUGAUAGACAUUCGAGAAAAACCUGCCAGAGGGACACAGACCACAAUAUUCCCUUCAGUUCACUUCGCUUGUAACUUCACGGACGAUAAAUCCGCCAGGACGGAUCCGAAUGUCACCAGCAGACCUACAACUCCCCGCCACUCCACCAGAAGUACGACGUCUCAGAAUCCAGGCCGCCAGGUGUCCACUCGUUUCUCCACUCAGCUCAGGGAAGUGAGACAGAGCUUAAGUCCAUGUGUUUCUCAAUCUAAGGCAAGUGCGGCAGAGCUUAAAAGUCCAUGUGUUUCUCAAUCUAAGCCAAGUGCGGCAGAGCUUAAAAGUCCAUGUGUUUCUCAAUCUAAGGGAAGUGAGACAGAGCUUAAAAGUCCAUGUGUUUCUCAAUCUAAGGCAAGAUGACCAGAUGUCCACUGGUGAAGGUGAAGUUAAAACAGAGGAGGAAUAGGAGAUGGUGGUGAUGUUGUGAACUGACUAGGUCACCCAACCGCCAUCGAUCACCCCUUCGAAUACGCCAUCAAGCCAACCAUCUCACAGAUCAUUCACUGAAGUCAUCGCUGUCUUUAAGACGCACUCUUCGGCCAUGACACUAAUACAGUUCCAGAAAUUUAAGCCCCGUUACAGCGUGACAGAAGUUGUUUCUCUAUCAGAGACCAAAGCAGGCAGAGAUAGUGGUACAGUUGUUGUUACCUCAGAGACAAACAUCAGUCAGUAUUGGUAUUCAUGCUUAAUUCAAUAAAGAGAAAUCGGGAAAAAAAUCAA